AUGAAUUUCCUCUCAGUUUGGAAAAUCAUGUCUGUGACUCCAGUCUUUAAAUCGGGUGAUCUGUUCUCUGUCAUUAAUUACAGGCCUAUCUCUAUAUCAUCUCACAUUGCCAACAUUUUUGAAUCUUUUGUCAUUAAUCAAAUAGGUCCAAGUCUGAACCGUAUUCUUAUUCCGCAGCAACAUGGAUUCCGUAAAGGAAAGAGUACGAUUACCAGUAGUGUGUUGUUUUCUUCAUUUAUUUUAGACGACUUUGAAGAUAAUGACCAGGUAAAUGUCAUUUUAACUGAUUUUUCUAAAGAAUUUGACACUGUUCCCCACAAUAUACUUUCCAAUUAG